UUUUCCUCUCCCUCUCUCUCUGCAAUACUACUGCCAUGGAAUACAACACUCUAACCCUAACCGAGACAAACUCCAACAAGCGAGUCAGGUAUGACUCGGAGGACUCGGAGUUCGACUCGCCCGAGGCAAAGCGAAUCCGAGAAAACCUCCUUGACAUCCUCGACGACGCAGACCUCGUUGUCGACCGUAACCAAACCAACCAAGAUCUUGCCUCUGUCAUGAAAAGUUUUGAAGAAGAAAUUUCAAACUCAACUUCUCUACUGCAACCCGAGUCGGUGACUUUAACUCCGACAUCUUUGUCUGAUUCCGGCGGUUCACAGCCGGACUUGGGGUAUCUGCUUGAAGCAUCCGACGACGAACUUGGUCUUCCGCCGAAUUUUUCGUCUUCUUCCGGAGAGGAAGAAAAGAAUGAAGGGGACUGUGAUGGUGAAGGUAACGAUGAUCUGCUGCAUGUUGCUUCGGAGACCGUUGGAAUGGAUCAGAUCUGGGGGUUUGACGAUGAAAUCCAGGGUUAUGAGUCAAUGGGAUUUGGGAUCGGUGGUGGCGAAGAAGAGAAUAACGGUGGUUUUGUGGCGUUGGAAGGGUUGUUCGACUAUUCCGAUGUGAUUAGUGGAAAUGGUUCCGAUUUCUCGGACUUGUCGUGGCGGCCGGAGUCCCUUCCUGCUCUGUAGUUAUGGAAGUUUCGAAAAGAAACGUAUCGGCUGUGACCGAUUUUUAACCGGCACGGAGUCGUGAUGUCUAUAAACAGGAUGUAAAUUGGGAAACAGAAAGAAGAAAAAAAAUGAAAUGGAUAUGAUGACAGAUUAGGCGUAGGAUAAAAAAACAGUGUAACCCCAGUUUAAUUCGAGAAAUUCGUUCGUUUUUAACUCU